UGUCAAAGACGUCAUUGCAUUUUUAGUCAGUCUGCAACAACUAGUGAACUAUGUUGAGUUAUUAAGAAGUUGAACGAAAGUUGUCGGUAACAAAUUCCAGUUGAUCCUGUUCUUUGACAACACUUAUAACAACAUUUCGGCCUUUUCAUUUAAUUUGCUUCAAUUUCAUAAUUAAAUUUUAAAAUUUGGAAAGAAAUCUAUUUCUGUUUUAUAAUUGGCUUGAUUAAAUUCUUGCCACACAUAUUAUAUUGUAACAUAUAUUAUUAAACAUAAAUUGAAGCUACCAUGUCGGACAUUUUUCACAAUUUUGAUAGUAACGGCGCUAUUGAAGAAUCACAAGAUACUAACAUGGCAUCACCACUCGAAAGCCCCGUCAGUACAUUUAGUUCUAAUCCAGUCAGUGUGAGCAAUACAGCUGGAGCAAACAUACAGAAUGUACACAAUUCCAAUCCAAGUGUAAGUGCUUCUGCUCCAACAUCAAGUGUCAAAAAUACUAGUAAUGAUAAUCAACCGAUUCUUACAAAACCUAGACUAAUGGAAUUGGUGCGUGAAAUUGAUACAUCUGUACAACUGGAUGAAGAUGUCGAAGAAAUAAUUUUACAAAUAGCUGAUGACUUCAUUGAAGAUGCGGUAAGAUCCGCUAGUCAAUACGCUAAGCACCGAAAAGCAACAAAACUUGAAGUACGUGAUGUGCAGUUACAUCUGGAACGUAAAUAUAAAAUGUGGUUACCAGGUUUUGGCACUGAUGAGUUACGGCCAUAUAAACGUGCUGCCGUAACUGAAGCACAUAAACAACGACUUGCAUUAAUAAGAAAAACAAUUAAAAAGUAUUAAUUUUAAAUUCGAAAAAAAAUAUAUAUUAGUCUGUAGGAUAAUUUUUAGUUUUCCUAAUGUAUGCUCUAUUUGCGGUUAACAUUUUGUAACCCAUACAGAUAAUUCAAACUUGAACUAAAAUUUUUAUUUAACGUUUUUAAACAAAAAACUUAACUUCUCAUAUUAUGAAAAAUGUCAUGUUUAUAACAGCAUUUAACUUUUAAUACUAAUGAUAUAAAAGCAUAUAUAAUUGGCGACAGACAAGCGAUUUAAAAAAAUAGAGUCUUCUGGAAAGAAAAACAGAAACAAAAAUAUUGUUUAGUAAUUAAUGUUAGAUAAAAUUAGUUCUUAAUAUCAUUGCCGUGUUGUUGAAGUAAUAAAAUAACAAAAUAUGGAAAAAGCAUUAAAGUAAUUUAUAGAAAUAGCAGUGGAAGAGAUAGAUAGGAACGGGGUAAUUUAACAUAUUUAUAGAAACCAAUUUGAAUUCACAAAAAAACAUAGCAUAUUGGAGGACAUAUAUAAUAUCCGUCUGAAAUUCUUCACUUAAAUAAAUAGAAUAAAAAUGUAUUUUAAUUUUAUCUAAAGUUAUAAAGUUAAGCUAGAUACUUUCAGAAAUCGCAUCAAACAAUAUUGUAUCGAUAAUAAUAAAUUAUUUAUAUAAAUGAAAAUUUUUGUAUCACGUCCCUC